CCCCCACUUUCUGUCUGUUUAUGCACUUCGUCUGUCUUUGUUAGUUUGAGGUUGAGUUAAACAGAUUAGGAAUAGUUGACUGUGGACAGAGUAAUAGUAGAAAAUAGGAAACCGGGAGAAGAAGUUCUAGUACGGGACCCUGAGAAAGGAGAGGAGUGAUUGUUAGUGUGAGUGCUCGGAUGGCUGGAGUCUGGCGUUGUGUGUUGCUGGUGGUGGUGUUUAUGUGUGUGUGGGGUUCCACCGAAGCUGUGGGGGGGGCUAAGAGCCGGCCGCGACCCCAAAGACGACCUCCUAAGAAGCCGAAGGUUGACCCUAUCGAGUUGACCCCACCUGCACAGAACAUAGACAUACAACAGAUGACAGGAAAAUGGUACCUGCUGAACACCGCCUCCAAAUGCACCUACCUGAUGAAUCAUGGAACCAGGGUGGAGCCCACCGUCGUGAUGCUCACGCAUUCCCCCGACCGAACGCUGUCUGUGAGCACCAAAACACGACAUAACCAGUGUUGGGAGAUAUUACAGGUCUACUAUGAAACACCGACCCCAGGAAAGCUAAAACUUAAAGGAGCUCGUGCUGAGCUAGACACUGACAUCGCCGUCGUGGAGACGGACUACAACUCAUACGCGAUCUUGUACUACCAGAAACGGGACCAGAUCACAAUGAAGCUCUAUGGCCGGUCUGUAGACAAUCUGUCCGAGCCUAUGCUGGCUAAGUUUGAGCAACUUGCUGAAAAACAGGGUUUGGGCCUGGCAUACCUCUUCCCCUUCCCCACCUAUAGUCACUGUGGUGAUGUGGACAAGGACCAUGUGAUCAACUGUGUCCCCACAUGCUGAGGAGCCAGAGCUGUCCAACAGAAAGAUCCAGUCCUGCAGUGCUCCAAAGUUCACAUGCAAGAUGAGGAUCCUAUCAUUUAAAAAUGUGAACGUCAACUAAAAAAAAAGGAAACUGCAGCACAUAUUGAAACUAAGAAGGUUACCAGCUGCAGCUGAAUUAAAAAAAAGUAUCAUUUUCGUUCGUCAAAUGUUCUCAGUUUAAAGCAAAGUGAAACACAAUGAGGCGUAUCUGAUCUACGCCAGCAGCCGUUCUCAUGGGAGACCUCCCCUCUUUUUCUGUAGAGGUUUUAUUUUACUAUGUGGGCCUGUGUAUAUUGGGAGUGGAGGGGGGAUGGUUAAUGCAGCCCAGAUGUGGAGCCCAAAAGGGGUUGAGAGAGUUUGGUUAUAAAACAAGGUUACCAAAUGGGCUCCCGUGUGUUACAUAUCCAGCUGAUUGCAUGUCUGUGCUUGUCUUGUUGCUCAAAAAGUGAGGUCUGAUCAAUACAUUUUUUACGCAUGAAGAAUUCAAAUAAAGCAAGCAAGUUGUAUCUAAAAAAAUGUAUACUGAUCAAAUGUCACAGCGAUGUGAUCGAGGGGGAAGGACUCAUCACUUAAAGCUGGGGUUUAUGCAACAUUUCAUGUUGAUUUACGCACUCUGAUGUUACAAAACUUAAAACCUUUUCCGAAACAUUCACAAUGAACUCCAAAGAACAAUCACACCACUAUAAGUAACAGAGCUUUGUAUAUUAAAUGUUUAAGAUAUUUCCACUUUGAAUUACCUUGAAUCGCUGCCUUAAUGCAGCUGUAGAGGGAAUUCAAUGCAAUUCAAUGGAAACAGAUGCAUUCAAUUAAAAUCAGAUUGUUAUAUCUUGGAAUUUCAAAUUUGCAUCUCAAUGUAAGUUAAGUUUAUUGCUCACAAAGGUCACGUGAGCCCUCUUUAAAGGACGAUGAUGUUUAGCUCCUUUGUAAUGUCUUAUUCUGUACGUGGUGUUUUGGCCGAGACCAAGCGGUUGUUUUUUAAUAAAGGCAUGCCGAGCAUUUGUGAUGGAGGAGGGAGAAAGGGGGAGGCGUUAAAAGAGCCGUAUUAUUUACCCACUCUCCCCUUUUCUCCCCCUCUCACCUCCCCCCUCCUCCACCCACGCAUGCCGGUUGUGUAACGGCA